AUGGCGAACCGCAUGUCCAUGUACUCGAUGGCCUCGGAGUCCGGCUUGGGGGGCUCUCGGGGCGGCCAGCAGCCGUCCCAGGUCUCGACGACGACCCUGCUGAACUCGAUCCAUAACAUUUACCUUUCCUCCCAGCCAUACCAGCUCGACGCGGGCACCAGCCUCGUCGUCAACACGUGGUUGACAGCCUCACAGCCGAGCCCGACGGGUCUUGUCGGCGGAACAAUAGAUGGUGACUUGGUGACACGAGCGUGGGAACACGCCCGUCGUCGUGCCGAGGAUGGCUGCAUCAUCUUCGGAAUACAGAUCUGUGUUCCAUUCUUGUACUCCGUGCUAACGGUUGUGAUCAGCUCGCUGCACACCUCCACUCCUUCGUUGCUACGACCUGCCCUUUCCUCGCUUCCUGUCGCCGUCCCGAGCUCGAUCCUCCAGUCGCUGCAGGCCAUCGAGCCCUUCCUCCGAUGUGUAACACCAUACAACCCCUCGACCCCCCGACAGGUUGCCCUCGGCGUUACUUUGACGCUUAACCUCACCGGCAAGAUCGUCGGCGGUUCCGUGGCUCUCUCGCAAGGAGGAAUUGACACGGACAAGGGCUUGCUGCGCAUCCCGACCGAGCCUGGCAACCGAGCCUUCGACGUCUUUUACUACCUCCUCACCUCGGCCUCCACACCGGCCGAACGUGAAUUCCUCGGCCUUAAGGGCGCCUCGAGCUAUAACUUGCUAGCGCGCUCUGGCACCUACGAUCCCCCGUCCUACCUACCCACCGCUGAUGACGGCGCAGCGGCGGACGACUUCCGCACCGCCCUCAAGGAGAUCGGCAUCAAGGGAUCUGCCCACCGCAACUUUAUCUCCACUCUCGCUGGUCUGCUCAAACUUGGCAAUACCAUCGACUAUAAUGUGGACGAGGAUGUCCUUGAUGAGGUUAGCGAGGAUGUUGGUGGCCUCCUCGGCUUGGAGCCGGAGGUCCUCGCCAGGCAGUGCACCACAGAUGAUCGUGCUACACUCCUCGGGGGACUGUAUGAGGCACUGGUAGACUGGGUGAUUGCCAAGGCCAACGAGGCCAUUGCCGCCCAAAUGGCCCGCAUUAAGGACGGAGAGGAAUCGGCCGACGGCAGCCAAACUGGCCGGACCCCUAACUCGGUUGAGGACAAUGGCGAUACCGUGUGCCUGCACUUCCUCGAGCUUCCUGAUCCCAACCUCGGCAAGGCCGUUGCCAUGCGGGGUAUUUUUGAUGAUAACCAGGGCAUCAAUUCCGAGAUGAAACAGGAUGGUGUCGAGGUGGCUGCGGUUGGCAGCACUGUUCUGCGGGAGAUGCAGACUGCCGUCGCGGAGGCCGGCCCCGAACUGGGCAUCAUGGUGGGGUCGCUUGGUAGGGAGCGGCAACACAUGCUCGAGAAGCGGGAAGAGGUCUUGGAGAAGGUGGCGCUUUCGUCCGAGGACGACGGGUUUUUGAAGCAGCUCUUGAUUCCCGUAGCUGCUGAGGGCAUCAACCUUGGUCGCAGCGGGCGUAUCGAUUUGCCUGCCCUGCUCAGCACCAGCCGCGCCUGGUACCACCUCUGCAUCCACCCCACGGAUGAGUCGCCAGCUAGCCUGGCUGCUCUGCCCUCCGUCAACUCGGCGUGGUCGGCUGGCACCGUGUCUAGACAACUGCGGGCCUGGCGGUUGCCCGAGUGGGCCAAUCGGCGCAGCAAGCAGCUCGACUACACUGUGGACUUUGACUUCGAGGAGUUUGUGUCCCGGUAUCGCAUGCUUGGCUGCAUGGACGGCCGAGAUGGCAUCGAGAGCUGGAUCCUGGAGCGGGGUUGGGCCAAUGGAGAGGUUGUGCUUGGCCGUGAGCGUAUCUGGAUGAGGGAGAAUGCUUGGUGGGAGGCUGAAGCUGCCCUUGAUCUCCAGCCUGGCGAUGCGGAGCGGCUUGGGAGCAUGCCUAACCUUGGUCCUCCGACUGGCCUCGGGACUGGCUACUCGGCUACCGGGAGUGGCUUCUUCCCUCCUCAGCCUUUCCAGGACAUUUCCUCGAACGGCAGCCGUGAGCAGCUUGUUCAUCAAAGGAACAUGAGCCAGGCGACCCUCGCGGCGGCCGCUGGCCAGCGCAUUGGCACUGGGGCUACCCCGUCCAUUGCCCCGACUGCCAUGACCGGCAUGCGCAAUGUCGCCGCCGGCGACUAUGGCCUCGGCAGUAAAGGCGACACCCACAAGGGCGAUGUCUACUACAACGAGGAUGGCCAGUUCGUCGGCCUUGAGAGCGACCUUGCUGCUGGCAAAAAGCUCGAGGAGCAGCCCAUUUCCCCUGGCCGCAGGGCGUGGGUUAUCAUCGUCUGGAUUUUCACUUUCUGGAUUCCCUCCCCCCUCCUCCGGUAUGUCGGUCGUAUGAAGCGGCCCGAUGUGCGGAUGGCGUGGCGAGAGAAGGUGGUGCUCUGUUUCUUCAUUAUCAUCUUGAACGGUAUCAUUGUGUUUUGGAUUAUCUUCUUCGGUAAACUGCUCUGCCCCAACUACGACAAAGCCUGGCUGCGGAACGAAGUCAAGAACCACCAGGGCGCGGAUGAUUUCUGGGUCAGUGUCCACGGCAAGGUUUACGACAUCUCCAAAUUCUGGAAGCUGGACCACGGUACGGACGCGUACCCAACCACGCGCGAAUACAUGGAACCUCUGGGCGGCCUUGACAUGGACAACUACUUCAUCGUGCCCCUCACUCUCGCAUGCCCCGGCUUGGUGACAGACAAGACGGUCCAGCUCAAUCUCAACAACAGCGACUCGCAGGAGUGGCAGCUGGCCAUCCACGACUCGGGCUACUACGCCAGGGACCCCACCGGGGAAAUGGGGAAAGAAAACUGGUACAGCCAAAAGUUCUUGCCCCGCAUGAAGGAGUACAUCACCGGCGAUCUCGUCUGGAAACCCAGCCAGAUCUGGGACGAGGGCAACAACAAUCAACGCCCGUGGUUCCUCUACGAGAACAAGGUCUUUGAUCUGACCGACUACAUGCACACGCUGAGGGUCCAACGCAAUAAUCCCCGCUGGACCUUCCUCAACGCCAAAAUGGUCAAUCUCGUCAAAAACAACCCGGGCCAGGAUCUUACCGAUCAGAUAAACGACAUGAUCCGGAAUGCCAACGCCACCGAGACCGUCAACAUGAAGAACACGAUGAACUGCCUCAACAACCGGUUCUACCUCGGCAUCACAGACUACCGCGAUUCCGCCAGGUGCCAGGUGAACACGUGGAUCCUCAUUGCCUUCACGGCGAUUCUCUGCUCCGUCAUUCUCAUCAAGUUCGUGUCCGCUCUGCAGUUUGGCUCCAAGCGACGCCCAUCGCCUCAAGACAAGUUCGUCAUCUGCCAGGUGCCCGCGUAUACCGAAGGCGAAGACUCGCUGCGGAAGGCGCUCGACUCCCUCACGGCCCUGCAGUACGACAACAAGCGCAAGCUGAUCUGCGUCAUCUGCGAUGGUAUCAUUGUCGGUGCCGGGAACGACCGUCCCACGCCCAAGAUUGUCUUGGAUAUUCUCGGUGUUGACCCCAAGGUCGACCCGCCUGCCCUGGCGUUCAAGUCGGUUGGUGCCGGCGGCGACCAGCUCAACUACGGCAAGGUGUACUCUGGCCUGUACGAGUACGAAGGUAACGUCGUUCCGUAUCUCGUGGUCGUGAAGGUGGGCAGGGAGGCAGAGCGCGAGAAGGCCAAGCCUGGCAAUCGCGGCAAGCGUGACUCGCAGAUUCUGCUCAUGAGCUUCCUCAACCGUGUCCAUCACCGCGCGCCGAUGAACCCGCUCGAGCUGGAGAUGUUCCACCAGAUCAACAACAUCAUUGGCGUGGAUCCCGAGCUGUACGAGUACCUUUUGAUGGUUGAUGCCGAUACCUGUGUCCGCGAGGAUUCGCUCAACCGCCUUGUUGCUGCGUGCGCCAACGAUGCCAAGAUUGCCGGUAUUUGCGGCGAGACGAGCUUGCAGAAUGAGGAACGUUCGUGGUGGACUAUGAUCCAGGUUUACGAAUACUACAUUUCGCAUCAUCUCGCCAAGGCCUUCGAAUCUCUGUUUGGCAGCGUCACUUGCUUGCCAGGAUGUUUCUCCAUGUACCGUCUGCGAACUGCGGACAAGGGCCGGCCUCUCAUCAUCUCGGACGACGUGAUCCGCGACUACAGCGACUGCAACGUGGACACGCUUCACAAAAAGAACCUGUUGUCGCUGGGUGAAGAUCGUUACCUGACCACGCUGAUGACACGGUACUUCCCGUACAUGUCGUACAAGUUCAUCCCGGAUGCCUACUGCCAGACCGCUGCGCCCGAGAAGUGGAGUGUCUUGCUCUCCCAGCGUCGUCGUUGGAUCAACUCGACCAUCCACAACCUGGUUGAGCUGAUGUUCCUGCCUGAGAUGUGCGGCUUCUGCUGCUUCUCCAUGCGCUUCAUCGUGUUCAUUGAUCUCUUCGGUACCAUCAUUCUGCCGGCAACGUGCGUUUACCUCGGCUGGCUCAUCUACACGGUCGCUACCCGCACCGGCCCGUUCCCCCUGAUUUCCAUCAUCAUGUUGGCCGCUGUCUACGGCCUGCAGGCGCUCAUCUUCAUUCUCAAGCGCCAGUGGCAGCACGUUGGCUGGAUGAUCAUCUACAUCAUCGCCUUCCCGGUCUACUCCUUCGUCUUGCCCAUUUACUCGUUCUGGAACCAGGACAACUUCUCGUGGGGUAACACGCGUAUCGUUAUUGGCGAGUCGGGCAAGAAGCAGGUGGUGGCCGUCGACGACGAGGGCUUCGAUCCCCGUGCCGUGCCCCUCCAGCGCUGGGAUGACUACGCUCUCGUCAACAAUCUUCCCGGACGUCGCGGUGGACACCCGGAGAAGGCCGGCAUGGAGGGCGGCAUGGGCAUGUACGACGAGAACUACGAGAUGGAUGAUAUGAAGUCCGUUUACUCCUCGGUCCGUCAGCCCUCGGUCCUGAACCUCCCUGGGCGUGGCGUUAGCGCCUACAUGCCUCCUACUCCUGGUACCCCUGGCACCCCGUUCACUCCGAUGACCCGCGCCAGCACUCUUAUGGGGACCACCCCGUACACCGACAACCCGAACGCCGCCGCCGCCCUGGCCCAUCGCCAGAGCAUGAUGUCGAUGGGCGGCGCGGGCAUGGACCAGCGUCGCUCGCACAGCCCCUAUGUGGACGUCCCACGAAGCAACAGUGCGGCUAACAUUCGCGGCAUGAGCGCUACGCCACCGACUCUCGGCGUGGUCGGUAACAACAACCGGAUGUCGACAAUGUCGGCGACGCCAAGCCGGUUGGGCUUGCACUCGGACCUGAGCACGGGCUCGUUCGGCGUGGGUGGCUUCGGUGGCGGUGCGAUGGUGGAUGACGGCUCGAUUAUUGAGGCCAUUCAGGCGGUGCUAAGGGAGGUGGACUUGGACACGGUCACCAAGAAGCAGGUGCGGGCGCUGGUGGAGCAGAGGUUGCAGACGGAGCUUACGGGGGAGAGGAGGACGUUUAUGGAUCGGCAGAUUGAUAAUGAGUUGGCGAAUAUGUGA